CCCCCCAAAUAAUGGAGAAGAAGUGUGGAGAGCCAUUGGAUAUUGCAGAUGAGAGAGAGAGGGAGGGAGGGGCAUGGAGAAUCCCAAUGCUCAGGGACACAGACAGCAGAGCCUGCUGUUCACUCUCCCUUGUGACCAAUUAAACUAAUCCCUCUCAACCCACCCCUUCACUCUCUGGCUUUGUCCAGUUCCUCUCUCUCUCUCUUCUUUCUCUCUCCUCCAAUUAUCAAAAACCUCCUCAACCCUCUUCUCUCUCUCUCUCUCUCUCUCUAAUCAAACCCUCCCGAGAGCCCACAAUACUGAUGAUCUAAAAUAAAAGAUUCCCAAUCUUAUUAUUCGAUCAAAAAUCCAAAAAAAAAAAAAAAAAAAAACAGAUCACAGGGAUAACAAAACCCAUGAGAGACUAAGAGAGAGAAAAGAGAAAAGAGAAGCGGCGCAUGAUAGAGGACCCAGUUUACCAAAUGUCCGAGGACGACGAUCGAUCUCCGCCGUUGGAUCUCGGCGGCCCGGCUAGUGUUACCGAAUCAUCCAAUAAGACCCGGAACUGCACCGGGGUUUCAGGUUCCGGGUCGAGCCCCAUCGAGUUCCAGGCUCAGUACCCGGACCAAGUCCUCGAGAACGUCCUCGAGAACGUCCUCUACUUCCUCACCUCCCGCAGGGACCGUAGCGCCGCCUCAUUGGUCUGCAAGUCCUGGUUACAUGCGGAGGCGCUCACCCGAUCCGACCUCUUCAUCGGCAACUGCUACGCCGUCUCGCCCCAACGCGUCACCGCCCGGUUCACCAGGGUCCGCUCGGUGUCGAUCAAGGGCAAACCCAGGUUCGCCGACUUCAAUUUGAUGCCGCCCAAUUGGGGGGCCCACUUCACCCCUUGGGUAGCCGCCAUGGCCACUGCUUACCCUUGGCUCGAGAAGGUCUACUUGAAGCGUAUGUCCGUCUCUGAUGAUGAUCUGGCCCACCUCGCCGAUUCGUUCCCUGGGUUUAAGGAGCUCGUGCUCGUUUGCUGCGAAGGGUUCGGUACCAGUGGUCUCGCAGUGGUCGCUAGCAAGUGCAGACAACUUAGAGUGCUUGAUCUGAUUGAAUCUGAGGUUACGGACGACGAUGUGGAUUGGAUAUCCUUUUUUCCGGAGAGCCAAAUCUAUCUCGAAUCUCUGAUAUUUGAUUGUGUAGAAUGCCACGUUAAUUUUGAUGCGUUGGAGAGGCUGGUGGCUAGGUCUCCUUCUCUGAAGAAACUUAGGUUGAAUCGCUUGGUUUCAAUUGGGCAGCUAUACCGCCUGAUGAUUCGAGCUCCACAGCUCACACAUCUAGGAACAGGCUCUUUCAGCACAUCUGCAGAGGUGAUGGCUCAGGGUGAACAAGAACCAGACUAUGUUUCUGCUCUUGCUGCUGCUUUUGCAGCUUGCAAAUCCUUAGUCUGUCUAUCUGGGUUUAGGGAAAUCUUGACAGAUUACUUACCUGCAAUCUACCCGGUCUGUGCAAAUAUCACCUCUCUGAAUUUCAGCUAUGCAAACAUCAAUGCAGAGCAACUGAAAUCAGUUAUAUGCCACUGCCACAAGCUCCAGAUUUUCUGGGUUCUUGAUUCAAUAUGUGAUGAAGGACUUCAGGCAGUUGCUGCAACUUGCAAAGAACUUCGUGAGCUUCGGGUUUUUCCUGUUGAUGCUAGGGAAGAUAUUGAGGGCCCCGUUUCUGAGGUUGGUCUUCAAGCAAUAUCUGAGGGUUGUCGGAAUCUGCGAUCUAUUUUGUACUUCUGUCAAAGAAUGACAAAUGCUGCGGUGAUAGCUAUGUCAAGGAACUGCCCGGAUCUCGUUGUAUUUCGUCUCUGUAUAAUGGGGCGUCGCAGACCAGAUCAUUUAACUAACGAACCCAUGGAUGAAGGAUUUGGAGCCAUUGUUAGGAACUGUAAGAAGCUUACCCGCCUUGCAACAUCUGGUUUACUGACUGAUAAAGCUUUCAGUUACAUUGGAGAAUAUGGGAAAUUGUUGCGGACCCUUUCUGUUGCCUUUGCUGGAGACAGUGACAUGGGGCUGAAGUAUUUGCUAGAGGGUUGCCCUAAACUGCAAAAGCUUGAGAUUAGGGAUAGUCCAUUUGGAGAUGCGGCACUUCUUUCUGGUUUGCAUCACUAUUACAACAUGAGAUUCCUCUGGAUGUCUUCAUGUAGAGUAUCCCGCCGGGGUUGUAGGGAGGUUGCUCGAGCAAUGCCUCGUAUGGUGGUUGAAGUAAUGAAAAACGAUUUAGAGGAGGAGGUCAUGGCUGAUUAUGUUGAAAUAUUAUACAUGUAUCGAUCGCUUGAAGGGCCUAGGGAUGAUACUCCCAAGUUUGUUGAAAUCCUGUAGACAUUUGAGUACAAGAAGUUGUUCCAAGUUUUCUCAUGGUGGCUACCCAGCAAGUUAAGACUGUUUUUUCUUGUGGGGAAGUUGAAAACUGCGGGUGGCUUUUAUAUAACCCGCAAGUGGUUCCUGCAAUUGCUUUUAAACAACGAUGAGCAAACAACUUGGUUGUUGAAUUGGAUCUUUGCGAUGCAUUUACAGGGAAGUAGCAAUGGCAUUCGGUUAGGCCACUGUAGAGGACUACUUAUCUUCUUUGCUUUAGUUCUUCUAGAGAAUCGGAGGAUUGGAGGAUUCUAACGCUGAGAAUCAAUGUCUCUUAAAUGGUAUUGCAUCAUCCAAUGUUGUAUUGGUACGCUUUUUAAUUUUGCGUUUCUUUUUGCUUUUAUAUUCAUUUGAUCAUAAACAAAGGCUGCCAGAGGAGAAAGGGAGGUUAUCGAGCUGCAAGGAAGAUUGGAUCAAUCUGCAUCUGUUUGGAAAGUAGACCAUAAUGUGUAUUUUCUUGUCGAAGAGAGGAAAUAUAGUGCUGAAGUGGAGGUUCAGAUAGGUGGAAUCACAAGUCUUUCUUCUGAGCUCACCGGUAGAGAAGUCAAAGCAUUCACCCCCUUAAAGAACUUUAGUCCGUUUAUUUUUAAUUUUUAUCCAAAAUGGUAGUUAGUUUCAGCUGUAGUAGGUGAGAACUAAAUGCCCCAAGACUGAUACCUCUCUCUCUCUUUCUCUGUCUCAGUGUUUGUUAUUUCUGAUGUGUUGUAGCACCUGACUGUUGAAUUUAUUAUUGUUAUUGUUAGCAAAUGUGAGAUGGGUAAUAAAUGCCGAAAUAUGCAUGGACCAUUACCAUA